UUGCGGGAACACCCCCUCAUUACUCGACACGCACUUCGAAGCCUUCGAACACAUCGCUUAAGUUGACUUUUUUUUUUUCUUGACUUUGCAGGCCUGAACUUACGACCGAUGAAGAUCUUCACCCUGCCGCUGGUGCUGCUCUGCUUUUGGCGGCCACAGGAAGGCGUACAAGCCUGCACCUGUUUGCCGACGCAUCCCCAGCAGGUGUUUUGCCGAUCAGAUGUCGUCAUCAGGGCAAAGGUUGUUGGAGUGACCACUGGCACACAAGUUUCUUAUUACGAACCCAUUAAGUAUCACAUCCACCAAAUCAAGUUGUUCAAGGGCCCUCAAAACUAUUUUGAUGCCAUCUACACUGCACCCAACUCUGCCGCAUGUGGAGUCACUCUGAGCAUCGGCAUCGAGUAUCUACUCAUGGCCAGCCUGCAGCCCGACGGCUCGCUGUACAUCAGCUUGUGUGACUCCUUUCAGCCGUGGGACGCUUUGAGCGUCACGCAAAAGAAACUGUUGAACCACUACGGAAAGGGCUGCAAUUGCAAGAUCACACCCUGCUUCACCCUCCCGUGCGUCCCCAGCAGCAAGGCCGAGUGCUUGUGGACCGACUUUCUGGCAUUGAACACGCCCAGCGGCCAUCAGGCCCGAAACUUUGCUUGCGUCCAGCAGAGACGCGGAGGUGUUUGUUUCUGGAAAAGGGGGAACCCCUGGUACAAGUCCACCCAAGGCCGUCACCCAUAUUAAAUGCAGUGUGUGUGUUCUUUAUGGUGACAAUUCAGCACUUUAUGACUUCCAAAGCAUUAUAUUUAUCCUUUUCUAAAUCAAAUCAAGUAUUUAAUUAAGUACCUAAUUAUUCAGUUGUACCGUAUGUCUUAAGCCAGGUUUUUGGUGACUGUCACUGCAAAAACGAAAUGAAAUAAAAAGAUUAUGAACUAAA